GGAAAUUUUGAGGAGUCUUAAAUUUCUAAUCCUCCAGUCAUUGAAACAUCUGUGAGUGCUGAAAACUGAAAAUUGGUGGGGGUAAAAGGCAACUAUUUCCUGGCCCUUGACAAGCUAGUUAAGCAUUUGAUUGACAGAAUGUUGGCACCAGUUUUGGAGGAAUCGAUCAGCCUCAACUCAAGCUCUCUAUCCUGAGACACAACAACAGGAUGUGCCUUGGAGAAGAGUCUCAGGGUGGAGAAUUCAGGACCGAAUCAAAAUCUACACACUCAGGGAGCUGUGGUUCACAAAGUUGAGGUGAGAGGUCUGUGCAACAGCAAAACAUAAGAACACUAAAGCUUUGAAAAUUCUUCAUCUGGAAUUUCAGAUUGGAGAAACUCGCAGUGGCUUCUAAGCCAGUGACCAAAGCCGCCAAAGCAUGCUGGUGCCAAACUGUCGGAUGAUGCAUAUAGCCAGGCCAGUAGUAGUGCUCCUGUGCUUUCUACUCUGUGCUGAUGCUGAAACACCACCAAAGUUUACAAGAACACCCGUUGACCAGACAGGGGUCUCUGGGGGAGUCGCAUCCUUCAUCUGCCAAGCUACGGGAGACCCAAGGCCUAAAAUUGUCUGGAACAAAAAGGGCAAGAAAGUCAGCAAUCAGAGAUUUGAGGUAGUAAUAGAGUUUGAUGAUGGAUCUGGAUCAGUUCUCAGAAUACAACCACUUCGGACUCCACGGGAUGAAGCUAUUUAUGAAUGUGUUGCUUCUAACAGUGUUGGUGAAAUAAGUGUGUCCACAAGACUCACUGUGUUGCGUGAGGAUCAAAUUCCUCGUGGUUUCCCCACCAUUGAUAUGGGACCACAGUUAAAGGUGGUUGAACGCACUCGGACAGCCACCAUGCUAUGUGCAGCCAGCGGAAAUCCUGAUCCUGAAAUAACGUGGUUCAAAGAUUUUUUACCUGUGGACACAAGCAACAAUGGACGCAUCAAACAAUUACGAUCAGAAUCUAUUGGUGGUACACCAAUAAGAGGUGCCCUCCAAAUCGAAUCGAGUGAAGAAUCUGACCAAGGCAAAUAUGAGUGUGUUGCAACCAACAGUGCGGGUACACGAUAUUCUGCCCCUGCCAAUCUAUAUGUCAGAGAGCUGCGAGAAGUUCGUCGUGUCCCACCAAGGUUCUCAAUUCCUCCCACCAACCAUGAAAUCAUGCCUGGAGGAAGUGUUAAUAUCACCUGUGUUGCUGUGGGGUCACCAAUGCCAUACGUGAAAUGGAUGCUGGGGGCUGAAGAUCUGACACCAGAAGAUGAUAUGCCAAUAGGAAGAAAUGUUCUAGAGCUCAAUGAUGUCAGGCAGUCUGCCAAUUAUACCUGUGUGGCUAUGUCUACUCUUGGUGUUAUAGAAGCAAUAGCCCAGAUAACUGUAAAAGCCUUACCCAAACCUCCAGGAACUCCUGUUGUAACAGAAACCACAGCAACAAGCAUUACUUUGACUUGGGAUUCUGGAAACCCUGAGCCAGUAUCUUAUUACAUAAUUCAACAUAAACCUAAAAGCUCCGAGGAACUGUAUAAAGAAAUUGAUGGAGUCGCCACAACGCGAUAUAGUGUUGCUGGCUUAAGCCCAUAUUCUGAGUAUGAAUUCAGAGUGGUUGCUGUCAAUAAUAUUGGGAGGGGUCCUCCCAGUGAACCUGUUUCAACACGGACCUCAGAACAAGCACCAUCUAGUGCGCCGCGGAAUGUACAAGCUCGCAUGUUGAGCUCAACCACCAUUUUGGUGCAAUGGGAAGAACCUGAGGAACCAAAUGGCCAAAUACAAGGUUACAGAGUUUAUUACACCAUGGACCCCUCCCAACAUGUCAAUAGUUGGUUGAAGCAUAAUGUGGCUGACAGCCAUAUCACCACCAUUGGGAAUCUAAUACCACAGAAAACAUACUCUGUAAAAGUGCUUGCUUUUACCUCAGUUGGGGAUGGACCUCUUUCUAGUGAUAUCCAAGUCAUUACUCAGACAGGAGUACCAGGGCAGCCAUUGAACUUCAAAGCUGAACCUGAGUCUGAAACAAGCAUAUUACUUUCUUGGACCCCUCCACGGUCUGACACAAUCUCCAACUAUGAUCUUGUUUACAAAGAUGGAGAGCAUGGUGAAGAGCAGCGGAUUUCUAUUGAUCCUGCUACAUCUUACCACUUGCAAGGCUUAAAACCAAACAGUUUGUAUUACUUUCGUCUAUCAGCGCGCUCUCCACAAGGCCUUGGUGCUUCAACAGCAGAAAUCUCAGCUAGAACCAUGCAGUCAAAGCCAUCAGCUCCUCCUCAAGACAUUAGUUGCAACAGCCCCAGCUCCACUAGUAUUUUGGUAAGUUGGCAGCCUCCUCCAGUGGAAAAACAGAAUGGAAUUAUCACUGCCUACUCCAUCAAGUACACUGGAAUUGAUGGAGAAGAUGACAAGCCCCAUGAAAUUUUGGGAAUUGCUCCGGACACUACACAAUACCUUUUGGAACAAUUGGAAAAAUGGACUGAAUAUCGGAUUUCUGUGACAGCCCAUACUGAUGUCGGACCUGGCCCAGAGAGUGAAUCUUUAUUGAUUCGGACAGAUGAAGAUGUUCCUAGUGGUCCUCCUCGCAAAGUCGAGGUAGAGGCUGUCAACUCUACAUCUGUUAAGGUGUCAUGGCGUUCACCUGUGCCCAAUAAACAGCAUGGUCAAAUUCGAGGCUACCAGGUGCAUUAUGUGAAAAUGGAAAAUGGAGAACCUAGGGGACAACCCAUGCUGAAGGAUAUCAUGUUGGCUGAUGCACAGUGGGAAUAUGAUGAUACUACUGAACAUGAAAUGAUUAUAUCUGGGUUACAGCCUGAGACAACAUACUCACUCACUGUGACAGCCUAUACAACCAAAGGAGAUGGAGCACGGAGCAAGCCUAGACUAGUGUCUACUACUGGUGCAGUUCCAGGAAAACCUCGGCUUGUAAUCAGCCACACACAGAUGAGUACGGCUCUCAUUCAGUGGCACCCGCCCGUCGACACGUAUGGCCCAUUGCAGGGAUACCGCCUGAGGUUUGGCCGCAAAGACACUGAUGCAUUGACAACAAGGGAUUUUACCGACAAAGACGACCACUACACAGCUACAGAUAUCCACAAAGGGACUUCUUACAUCUUCAGGCUUUCAGCUAGAAAUAAAGUGGGAUUUGGGGAGGAGGUGAUAAAAGAAAUUUCAAUUCCAGAAGAUGUACCAAGCGGAUUCCCUCAAAACCUACAUUCGGAAAGUGCCACCUCAACUUCAGUCCAGCUAACUUGGCAACCACCCAUCUUAUCAGAGAGAAAUGGUAUUGUCACCAAAUAUACUCUGCAGUACAGGGACAUCAAUGUGGCACAUCACCCAACAGAGGUCCCUGUUGCUCCUCCUGAUACUAUUAUGACACUCUCGGGCUUAAAACCAGAUACCACAUAUGAUGUAAAAAUACGUGCACACACAAGCAAAGGGCCCGGUCCAUAUAGUCCCAGUGUCCAGUUCAGGACACUACCUGUGGAUCAAGCAGUGUUUGCAAAAAAUUUUCAUGUCAAAGCAGUGAUGAAGACAUCAGUAUUGCUCUCUUGGGAAAUACCAGAGAAUUACAACUCUGCUCUACCUUUCAAAAUCCUUUACGAUGAUGGGAAAAUGGCAGUUGAGGUGGAUGGUCGAGCCACUCAGAAGCUUAUCACCAACUUGAAGCCUGAGACAUCUUAUUCAUUUGUGCUAACCAAUAGAGGGAAUAGUGCUGGAGGUCUUCAACACAGGGUAACAGCAAAAACGGCACCAGAUGUUCUACGUACCCAACCCCUAUUCAUUGAUAAAACCAAUCUUGAUGGAAUGAUAACAGUAAAACUACCAGAAGUACCUGCAAAUAAAUCCAUAAAAGGCUACUAUAUAGUAAUUGUGCCUUUGAUAAAGAAGUCUGAUGGGAAAUUCAUGAAACCACGAGAGAGCCCAGAUGAAAUGGAAUUAGAUGAGCUACUUAAGGAGAUAGCACGGAAACGCAGGAGCAUUCGUUUGGGGAGAGAAGUGGAUUUAAAGCCAUAUAUUGCAGCACACUUUGAAGUUCUUCCUACUGAGUUCACCCUCGGGGAUAAGAAAUUGUAUGGUGGAUUUGAGAACAAGCAGCUCCAGAAUGGCCAGGAAUAUGUUGUCUUUAUUUUAGCUGUUAUGGAACACUCAGAAUCUACCAUGUAUGCAACCAGCCCAUAUUCUGAAACAGUUGUGUCAGUGGAUCUUAAUCCUCAGCCAAUUACAGAGGAAGAAGAAGGCUUGAUUUGGGUUGUGGGACCAGUUCUUGCAGUUGUUUUUAUCAUCUGUAUUGUCAUAGCCAUACUGCUUUAUAAAAGCAGUAAACCCGACAGGAAAAGGGCAGAGACAGACUCUAGGAAGAGCAGUAUACCCAACAGCAAGGAGAUUCCUUCUCAUCAUCCAACAGAUCCUGUAGAGCUACGACGCCUUAAUUUUCAGACCCCAGGUAUGGCUAGUCAUCCACCAAUCCCUAUUUUGGAACUUUCAGAUCACAUCGAAAGGUUGAAGGCCAAUGACAACUUGAAAUUUUCCCAAGAAUAUGAGUCAAUUGAUCCAGGCCAACAAUUCACAUGGGAACAUUCAAACUUGGAAGUAAACAAGCCAAAGAAUAGAUAUGCAAAUGUUAUUGCUUAUGACCAUUCUCGAGUUCUCCUGUCAGCAAUAGAAGGCAUACCUGGCAGUGAUUAUAUAAAUGCUAACUACAUCGAUGGCUACAGAAAACAGAAUGCCUAUAUAGCAACCCAAGGAUCUCUCCCUGAAACCUUUGGGGAUUUCUGGAGGAUGAUGUGGGAGCAAAGGGGUGCAACUGUUGUCAUGAUGACUAAGCUGGAAGAACGGUCCAGGGUCAAAUGUGAUCAAUAUUGGCCAAGCAGAGGAACAGAAACAUAUGGACUUAUCCAAGUGACCUUGCUGGACACAGUAGAAUUGGCAACAUACUGUGUUAGAACAUUUGCACUUUACAAGAAUGGAUCAAGUGAAAAGAGAGAAGUAAGGCAAUUCCAGUUCACCGCGUGGCCUGAUCAUGGAGUUCCAGAACAUCCUACACCAUUCCUAGCUUUCUUACGACGAGUCAAAACCUGUAAUCCUCCUGAUGCUGGACCAAUGGUUGUUCAUUGCAGUGCUGGAGUUGGCAGGACCGGCUGUUUCAUUGUAAUAGAUGCCAUGCUAGAGAGAAUAAAGCAUGAAAAGACUGUAGAUAUUUAUGGCCAUGUAACUCUAAUGAGAGCCCAGAGGAAUUACAUGGUUCAAACAGAGGACCAAUACAUCUUUAUCCAUGAUGCACUGCUUGAAGCAGUGACAUGUGGAAAUACCGAAGUGCCAGCCAGAAACCUGUAUGCAUAUAUUCAGAAGCUGACACAGAUAGAAGCAGGAGAGAAUGUCACAGGAAUGGAACUGGAAUUUAAGCGGCUUGCCAGCUCUAAAGCUCACACUUCAAGAUUCAUCAGUGCCAAUCUUCCAUGUAAUAAAUUUAAAAAUCGCCUUGUUAAUAUUAUGCCAUAUGAAUCCACGAGGAUAUGCUUGCAACCUAUCCGAGGGGUAGAAGGCUCUGAUUAUAUCAAUGCCAGCUUUAUCGAUGGCUACAGACAACAGAAAGCCUAUAUAGCUACACAGGGACCUUUGGCAGAAACAACAGAAGAUUUCUGGAGAAUGCUUUGGGAGCACAAUUCUACCAUUGUAGUCAUGCUUACUAAGCUACGGGAAAUGGGCAGAGAGAAAUGUCACCAGUAUUGGCCAGCAGAGCGAUCAGCCAGGUAUCAGUACUUUGUGGUGGAUCCCAUGGCAGAGUACAACAUGCCACAAUACAUCCUAAGAGAAUUCAAGGUCACAGAUGCCAGGGAUGGCCAGUCCCGAACAGUGAGGCAGUUCCAGUUCACUGACUGGCCUGAACAAGGAGUGCCAAAGUCGGGAGAAGGGUUCAUUGAUUUCAUAGGCCAAGUUCAUAAAACAAAGGAGCAAUUUGGACAAGAUGGGCCAAUCUCAGUUCACUGUAGUGCGGGUGUUGGAAGGACUGGGGUGUUCAUAACUCUAAGCAUUGUAUUGGAAAGAAUGAGAUAUGAAGGUGUUGUAGAUAUCUUCCAGACUGUCAAAAUGUUAAGGACACAACGGCCGGCCAUGGUACAAACAGAGGAUCAAUAUCAGUUCUGCUACCGAGCCGCAUUAGAAUACUUGGGCAGCUUUGAUCACUAUGCAACGUAAAAAUAAAAACCCUGACCCAUCCUGGAUUUUUAACUGUGGGCCCUUUAAGAUCCAGAGAGCCUCUUCUGAGCCAUACAGUGUGCUUGAGAAGUACUUUUUAACUCCUAACUAAAGACCAAUUAGUGGGAAAUAUUAAAAGGAAAAAAAAAACCUAUUCCAGGUGGACCAACAAUUCACAGUUCAAUGAACGUAACCAGAACAUAAUAAAAGAAUCCUGACUGGUUGAGGCAUCUGAAGGAGUUCAAAUUAAAGACACCUCAAAGGAUUCAACUUUCAGUUGAAACUAAAGGGAAGAAGAAAUUUCAGCAAAGAACCAUUAUCUUGUUCCAGGAUUGCAUGAUCGUGAACAACGCAGAUUUUAAAGAGUACUGCAGUUCAGUGCAAGAUAUUAUUCGUCAAAAGGGCCAGUACCUGGCUUUUCUAAAAGAAAAUGGACUCUUUGCUUCAACAUCUCCCCUUCCUACCAUGUCGCUCAUGAAUAACACUUUGGGGGUGGGAGGGAAAAGGGCGAAUGUUUCAAGAGAAAGUCCUUGAUUUAGUUUUUUAGUAUUGUAAAGAUACUGCUGACCUGUGCUUCAUUUUUAACUGUGUAAACUUUUUUCCUUUUUUUUAAACAAAGGUUUAUCAUUCAAUGAAGUGAAUUUAAAAAAAAAAGUUGCAUAACUGUUCAUUUUUUUUUUCAAAAUUGUAGAUUUUUUUAUGCUGUAGAACUGUUACCUGUAAUAUCUUGCUGUAGAAAUGUUAAAUAAUUUUGAAAAUUUGCACAUUUUUGUGCAGCCCUAUAUUUAUCUCCAGGACCACAUUUUCAUUUAGGAAUUACUUUUACAUUUUAAUUUUUUUUUAAUGAACUAUAAAUCAGUUAAUCUACAUGUGAAUGGUUUUGUUUAGAUUUUCUUUUGGAAUCAACAGGGAAGCGCAAAGUAUAAAGCUGCUACUAACACACACACACAAACACACCUUUCUCUUUCUAUCUAUAAAUAUAUGUAUAUCUCUCUAACUGUCUCUCUAUCCAUCUACAAUAAUAUGCGUAGAUAGAUAGACAGAAAUGCACAUAAGUAUAAAUGUAUAUAUUAUGUAUACACACGUAUCAGUUCUUCCAUGACUUGGAUUUAUUGAAGCAGUAGGGGGGGAAUCCAAAAUGCUACAUUCAGUCCAUACAAUAUUUCUGAACAUCUUCUACAUUUCAAGAUUUGUUGUUUAAGGGUUAUUGCUUCUUCUUUUCUUUUUCUUCUUUUCAAAGUUUUUAUAGAGGAAAUGAGGAAUGCACAUCAGUGAUACUUGAAAUUCAGUCCUACAGAAAAAUAAGGGACAAUAAUUGUGUACACACAUCACAAACACACAAACAAAUACUUAUAAUUUUAAAGCUUCCAGUGAAGUUUGAUAUUCGUAACACCUUAGUGCAAUAAUAAACUUUACUAAAUAUAGGAAGUGUGCAUGUGGGAAAGGUCAGUGCAUAUCCCCUUAGGAGGGGAGAAUGUUGUAAUAUAAUAGUUGUCAAAACAUUUUAAAAUGUAUCUGUAUAAUUGUCUAUAGUACACAGUAGGACCAUUGCAUUGAUGAUGUAUAAUGGGGCAAAGCCAAACUCAUGUUGCUCUGUUAAUCAGAAAUAUUUCGUGACAUACAACAUUAAUUAGAGAUGCUGGGUUUUUUAUUUUAAUUUUUUUGCAUUUAGAGUGCCUUAUAUUUGAAGCCUGUUUUGAUAGCAUUUCUUCAAAUUUUGUUUGGCCUGUAUGUGCAUUGAUUGAAUUCAUAGUUCUCUGUUACUCUUCCCACUCCCUGCCCCACCUUCAAUUAAAAUAUUAUCUUUUCAGCACAUGUACAAAGAGGUCUUUAACAAUAUGCAUUCCUGGUGUUCACCUGAGUGUUCAAUGUAAAAAAAAUAUGUGUUUUUUUUUCCAAAGCAAUUGGGUAGUCAGGGGACUUUUUAUCCAACCAGAGUAUCCAGCAGCAGGCAGAACUACUCCAAAUAUGUCGUUUCUCCCAAACUGGCAAUCAUAUCCAUUGCAUUAGUCACUAAAAGACAGCACUGCUAUAGUAAAAAGAUGAGAGAAUUCUCCUAGCGGUCAUAGGAGUGUAGUAACUAGGAGUGUAGUAACAAGGAUUAAUUCAUCCACUUGCACAUGGAUUUCUUUGGAGGCCAAGGCAUGUUCAUUUUACUCAGGCUAGGAGGCCUCCUGAGAUGAACUAAGUCAGGCAAGUAGCCAAAGGGCAUUCAUGUAAACUACAUAUGAUUUUUGUUUUAUCCUUAUGGGUAACACAAGACAUUCUCUGAGAUGUUAUAACAGAAGCCAUUUGCUCUUGCAUUGGUCUGGGUUAAGCCUGGUGCCAUGUUAGAACACAAGUAUUGAAGGAACACUUUUAGAUGUUUUUUAAAUGGAUAUGAAUUAUUUAUCUUGACCUAGAUUUAUUUUUCCCAUGUUUUCCAUCACAAUAUGAAAUAACUAUAUUAAAAGACCAAACACUAGAAAGCAUUCUAUUAGAGCACUUUUAUGUAGAAAAAAAAACCUAAAUGCGCAAAAAUGGAAAAAAAAUUAAACGUAUAUAUGUAAUAUAACUAAAACGUAUUAUAGAAGGCUACCUCAGAAUGAUUCUCUAACUUACAUCUGAAUCAGACAUGAAUGUGCACUGUAUGUUUCCUUUCAUAUUUUGAUUUGUUUCUGUUGAAAAAAAAAUACUUAAAAGUGCCAGAUCAAACAGCAAUCUCAUGCUUUUAGCCAAAAGUACAGCUGACAGGUUGGGAAAAUGCAACAUUUUAGAAGCAUAGAGGAAAGCAUGUCUGCACGGGAACUUUCUGUGUUCUUGGUUUUCAAACUUAAGCACAAGAUUGGAAGCACAUGAAGCAAUACCCCCUCCCAGGCACCAUUUUACAUGGGAUUUGUUUUGUCCAUGCUCUGCAUAGAAAACCUGGAGAGCGGAGGGAAUACCAGCAGUCAUUGUAGCCUGUGCACAGCCACCAUGUGGUUUGGGGAGUCAGAUUGCCCACAGCAGAGCUCCAAACAAAAGCCCUUUGCAGACAUGUGCAUGGAUAGAAAGGCCUACAGCUCAGGAGAGCAAGUAACAACCCAGGCCUUCCUUCCUUCCUUCCAAAAUAAUUUGAUUUGUAAAGGAAAAGUUAUGAGGUACAUCACUAGUGAGGGGUAAACGUGUCACAAAACAAGACAAAAAUAAUAAUAACCACACAUUUCCCCAUCAAAACUGCAAUUCAGAUGUUGCUUCUAUUUGAAUCAUUGAUGUGCAUUCCAUUUCUGUCACUUUGCUGUGCAGUGAUUUCUCUGCUCUGUUGUUGUUCUUGUUUUCUUUUCUUUUUUUAAUUAGUGGAUUUCAUGAUCUGCCAUGUACCAAGCUCAUAAUUUCCUUUCAUCCGCAUAAUCAGUACGGUGCUAUUAUUUACCUAUGUAUGUGUAGUUAUGUAUAAUUUUGUAAUUAGUUAACAAUGGAGAAAUACGCAAAAUAUAUAAAAAUUAUUUGUACAGAACUUUUAUUUUAGCUCUUUUUUACAAAAAAUAAAAAAAAUGGUUUGCAUGGUUACAUGUUGGUGAGGAUGGCUGGGGGAAGGGAAGGGUUCCUCUAGGGAGAUUUGCACUUUCUAUACCUUUGUACUAUGCACUGCCCUAUUGAUUCUACACCCAAUAGUAUUAUUACUUGAACCCAUCUGUAAGAAUACUGCUUAUGAAAUUCCACUUGUGUGUAUGUAAAUAACACAAAACAUAUUCAAAGCAGGGGGGAGAGUUUGCAGGGGCAACAACAAAAUGCAGGUUCCCCCCCCCCAUUUUUUUCCUUCCCCCCCUUUUACAACUUUAAUCUGUCUCUGUCUCUCUCUCUCUUUUUUUUAUUUUCGAGUGCCCUGAUACUCCGAAAGAAUAUCCCAGGGCUGCUGGUCCCGUCAUCCAUCUUGUUACGUGGCUUUGCCAUUCAAGCUUGGAGUGUCUUUACAAAGAUAAUACGAGUUGUGUUCUUUGCUCUCGUUUUGGAUGCCUAGACUGGAAUUUAAAAAAAAAAAAAACACCUUGUAAAAUGGCUUGUUAAAAAAAUACAAUUACCUCUAAUUAGUAGUACGCGUAAAUGUUUUACAGAAUGAAAGGCGUGCUUUUUAUUUUCUUACUUCGUUACAUUGGUGGCGAAAGAAAGUCUGUAUGAAAAUCAGUUCUUUGCUGACACAAGUUCCAUUUGUUACAAAUGAAUUCUAAUAAAAAUGUCAGUGUUAUGCA